GGGGGUUUAAGGCAGCAAUUUCUGGAUAACGUCCUGCCCAGAGAGAGAGCGCGCAGGCAGGGAGGGGCUCAUAACAUUGUUUUUCGGGAGGAUUGCGUACUCCAUUUGUCUCGCAGCAACCGGAUCAGCUAUGGCGUCUCAUUGCUGCUGCCCCAGGCAGGUAGUCUCAAACUCCGUCACCUCCCAAUCCUCGCUUUUUUCGCCCUUAAACCACCGUCGUAUUGCUCCCCCAGCUGCGAGGACCCAUCUGUUGUCGUCGCUUCGGAAUCAGGGGUUGAGUACCGUUUCUCUGACGGGGUUGAGGGUUGAGGGAAAGGCCUCGGAGGCGAGAAGAUGGAGCACUCGCGCCAGUGCGGCGGGGAUGGGAGCAGGCGCGGGCGGCGGCGAAGCGAUGGGAGAGAACGAGAGCCCGUAUCUAAUACUGGGUGUGAGCGCAUUGGAGAAAUUCGAGGUAAUUAAGGCUGCCUAUGGAAGGAGGCGCAAGGAUGCGGAGAAGAGAGGGGAUGAUGCGACCGUAGAGCGGUUGGAUAAGGCCUAUGACAGGAUCAUGAUGAUGCAGCUGUCGAACCGGAGGAAGGGGAUUUCGUUUGGUGGAGUUGGAGUCUCCAAGGAAAUCAAGUAUGCGGACAAGCGGUCGUGGUUUCCAUGGGGGCCCAAGAAGGCGGUCGUGGAAAAGAACGACAUGCUGAUCAAUCUGGGUAUUGCAGUCCUCCUCACGGCGUGGUGUGCGGUGCUCGGAGGGCAGACCGACUGGAAGCCCCUCCAGUUCAUGAUAUUUGGCUACAUUUUCCGCAUCUUUACCAAAUUGGGAGAGUUUGAUGCGCCGGCUCCAAGCUCCUUUGUAAGCGAGGACGAGGAGGGAGAGGAAGGUGGCGCUGCACCGGAAGACACCGGCCGGAGGCUCAGAAAUGGGAAGCGGUUGCUUCGAACUCUAGGGUUAGUCUUCAGUUGCGUUGCCUUCGCGUCUCUUGCGUACACGGGGACCUUGAAUGCAUACGAGUAUUUUCUUCAGUAUGUUCCAAGGGUUUUGAUGGGAGCCCAGGAGCUUUUUGUCACCGGAGUCACUGCAGUUGGCCUCUUCAUCAUGGCCUCCUUCUACCGAUGACCAAGGGGGCUGUAAAACAAUCAGAUAUGACUUUGUAUCAGGACAGGAUACUUACGGAAGAGUUUUAGGAGAUAGCAAAAUGAACUGCAACGAGAAUUUUGUCGAAUUUCUAUUAAUAAUAAAAAAAGGGUUUAGGGUUUAGGUUGCGGAGAUUGAAAGAGCUUCUGAGGUACCUGUUAGGUAGGGAUCCUGUAAUCUGUAAGUAAUACUGGCCUUUGAGGAUUGAUGCGGUAUAAGCUACACAGAUUCAUGGUAGUUUUGAAUUGUGGAUAUUGUGACGUGAACUACCAUGUUGA